AAACAUAUCUUGGCGUAAUGGAGCUUGGACCACGCCUGCGAUUCCGCAACGGGUGAGGGCACCUCCAUUUCCCUAACACGCCACCAUCAUGAUGCCUUGACGCCCAUACACUCUUUUAAAUCCUCUUUUCUCUGUCCUCAGUAGUAACCAUAGGCAACUGAUACACACGCUCAAUAUGGGGUCGGCUCCCUCAAUUAUCGUCCGCCCGCACUCGGGAAUGCUCGUCGUCCUCGGGACAAGUGCUCUCGGAGGUGCAGCAUACAGAUACGGCACCGCCUCAGACUCCGACGACACAUCCCUAAACCCACACUCCUUCACGCCGUACACCCUCGUCUCGAAACAACCCAUCUCCUCUACCAGCACAAUAUUCACGCUGCGCAACCGUUCCGGCUCCCCAGACCCCGAAUCGCUGAAGAACGUGUGGAAACACUCAGUAUGGAGCGUGCAGGUCAAACAGCCACAAUUGCAGAUUGCGAGGGCCUAUACACCAUUACCCCCACAUGCAGGGAGGGCAGAGGGCGUGCAGGACGAGACACAGGAGUUGAGACUACUCAUACGGAAAGAGGAGGGAGGCGAGGUUUCUACAUAUGUGCACAAGCUGCCCGAGCAGUCGACAGUCGAGUUACGAGGACCAAACGUGGAACACGAGCUUCCGCAUAACACGAAAGAGGUGUUGUUCCUAGCUGGAGGGACUGGGAUCGCACCUGCGAUGCAGGUUGCGCAUGCGCUGAGAAGCAAGCCCGGGGCUCGACUGCAUAUACUGUGGGCAAACCGCAAUAGAGAAGACUGUGUUGGCGGGCAGAGCGACGGUCUCCAGGCCGCACCGCCGGGGCGUCUAUCGGGUUGGAGGAGUAUGUUUGGGUUAGAGGAGCCAGUCCUUCCACAGGAAUCUGCGACUCCACCGGCGAAGCAGGGCGUCAUAGUCAAGGAGCUAGAGGCGAUGAAGGACAGCUCGAAAUCACAUGGCAGCGGGCUGAGUGUGGAGUACUUUGUCGAUGACGAGAGGAAGUUCAUCAAACCCGUGAACAUCGCCAGGCAUUUAAAGCUAUCGGAUCAGAAUGAUGACGCACCCUCGAAGGAAGGGAAGGUAAUCCUCGUGUCUGGACCUGAUGGCUUCAUCGAGCACUGGGCUGGCAAGAAGUUGUGGAUUGGUGGGCGAGAAGCCCAAGGGCCUCUUGGAGGCGUGCUGGGCCAAAUGGAUUUAAGAGGUUGGCAAGUGUAUAAAUUGUAAUGUGUGUAUACCCAAACAGGACGAUGCUGAAGCGAUUACCAACUCCGUCGGAUGUGUUCCGCACACAUUUACAAAAUGUAUGGAGGAGUCAUAUAAAUCCUCCCGCUAUCGCGCUAAUCCCCCUUAACGUAGGCCUAGCAGGGUAUCAAUCGCCGAACUCAAUUACCAAGUGCGAAAGGAAAUUGAUUCCGCGUUCUCUG